AUUUCACUAUAUAUGUGGACACAACCUUCUCGGUUGGAGAAAGGUUCCAACAAUGGCCAGAAUACCUCCCAUGUUUGCUACACAACUCAUACUUCUCUCCCUUCUUUCUUCCUUUGCCCUCAUUCUGGUCCGGGGAGAAGAUGAUCACGAUUUCGUGACAGCCAUGGACCGCGAUCUCUUGGGGCUCAAGAAAGAAAAGCUCAGUCACUUCCGGUUGUACUGGCAUGACAUUGUGGCCGGCAAAAACCCAAGCUCAAUCGGAGUGGUGAAAUCACCCGGUAACUCAUCAACAUUCUUCGGAGCCGUGAGCAUGAUUGACAAUCCCCUCACCGAAAAGCCGGAGCUGAGCUCGAAGCUACUAGGGAGGGCUCAAGGGUUCUAUGCAUCAGCUGCACAACAGGAAAUCGGGCUGUUGAUGGCCAUGAACUUUCAUUUUACUCAGGGCAAAUAUAAUGGAAGCACCAUAACUGUGCUGGGGAGGAACUCGGCGCUCAACAAGGUGAGAGAGAUGCCGGUGAUCGGAGGAAGCGGGCUUUUCAGGUUUGCAAGAGGUUAUGUUGAAGCAAGAACUCACACAUUCACUCCGAGCACCGGAGAUGCCAUCGUGGAGUACAAUUGCUAUGUGCUCCAUUAUUGAUGCUUGUUUUUCUUAGUUGUUUUUUUUCCUUCGUUAUUUUCUUAGCUAUGUCUGAUCAUGUCAGCUACCUACCUUUGUCUACUUUUGAGUUUAGUGGGGUUGGUUGCCAUUAGCGUCUUUCUACAAGUGAGGGCAUAACUAGUAUAAUAGCCGGACGCAAUUUCACCAUAUUCACUUGUAUUGUCAAUUAUUCUUACCUGAUUUUAUGAAUUUUCAAUACGUUAAAGCUGAUGAUAAAAUAAAAUUUUAUGUUUAAAAUUCAG